GCUGGAGCUCUAGGUCCCCUCUUCACUGCUCUGUAUCCUGUGCUCCAGGAAGCCCAGCCUAUGUGGCCCUGUGACCUGCAGGGACUGUUGACAUUUAGGGAUGUGGCCAUAGAAUUCUCUCUGGAGGAGUGGCAACGUCUGGAUGCUGCACAGCAGAAUUUAUAUAGGAAUGUGAUGUUAGAGAACUACAGAAACCUGGCCUUCCUGGGUAUUGCUGUCUCUAAGCCAGACCUGAUCACCUGUCUAGAGCAAGGAAAAGAGCCCUGGAAUAUGAAGCGACAUGAGAUGGUGGAUAAACCCCCAGAUAUAUGUCCUCAUUUUGCUCAAGACUUUUGGCCAGAGCAGGGCAUGGAAGAUUCUUUUCAAAAAGUAUUACUGAGAAAAUAUGAAAAAUGUGGACAUGAGAAUUUACAGUUAAGAAAAAGUUGUAAAAGUGUGGAUGAGUGUAAGGUGCACAGAGAAGGUUAUAGUAAACUUAACCAGUGUUUCACAACUACCCGGAGCAAAGUAUUUCAAUGUGGUAAAUAUUUGAAAGUCUUUUAUAAAUUUUUAAAUUCAAACAGACAUACGAUAAGUAUUACAGAGAAGUCCUACAAAUGUAAAGAAUGUGAAAAAACCUUUCAUUGGUCCUCAACCCUUACUAAUCAUAAGAAAAUUCAUACUGAAGAUAAACCCUACAAAUGUGAAGAAUGUGGCAAAUCUUUUAAGCAACUCUCAACCCUUAUUACGCAUAAAAUAAUCUGUGCUGAAGAGAAAAUCUACAAGUGUGAAGAGUGUGGCAAAACUUUUAAUCAGUCCUCAAAUCUGACUACACAUAAGAUAAUUCAUUCUGGACAGAAACCUUACAAGUGUGAACAAUGUGGCAAAGCAUUUAUCUGGCUCUCAACCCUUACUGGGCGUAAGAAAAUUCAUACUAGAGGAAAACCUUGCAAGUAUGAAGAAUGUGGCAAAGCAUUUAUUUGCUCCCCAACCCUAACUAGACGUAAGAGGAUACACACUGAAGAGAAACUCUACAAAUGUGAAGAAUGUGGCAAAGCAUUUCUAUGGUCCUCAACCCUAACUAGACAUAAGAGGAUACACACUGGAGAGAAACCCUACAAAUGUGAAGAAUGUGGCAAAGCUUUUAGGCAAUCCUCAACCCUUACUAAACAUAAGAGGGUACACACUGGAGAGAAACCCUACAAAUGUGAAGAAUGUGGCAAAGCUUUUAGGCAGUCCUUAACCCUUACUAAACAUAAGAUAAUUCAUAGUGGAGAGAAACACUACAAAUGUAAAGAAUGUGGCAAAACUUUUAAGCAAUUCUCAACCCUUACUACACAUAAAAUAAUUCAUGCUGGAAAGAAAUGCUACAAAUGUGAAGAAUGUGGCAAAGCUUUUAAUCAAUCCUCAAGUCUUUCCACACAUAAGAUAAUUCAUACUGGGGAGAAGUCUUACAAGUGUGAAGAAUGUGGCAAAGCAUUUAUAUGGUCCUCAACCCUAACUAGACAUAAGAGGAUACAUACUGGAGAGAAGCCCUGCAAAUGUGAAGAAUGUGGCAAAGCUUUUAGCCAUUCCUCAACCCUUGCUAAACAUAAGAGAAUUCAUACUGGAGAGAAACCCUACAAAUGUAAAGAAUGUGGCAAAGCUUUUAGCAAUUCCUCAACCCUUACUAAUCAUAAGAUAACUCAUACUGAAGAGAAACCCUACAAAUGUAAAGAAUGUGGCAAAGCUUUUAAGCGACUCUCAACCCUUACUAAACAUAAAAUAAUACAUGCUGGAGAGAAACUCUACAAAUGUGAAGAAUGUGGCAAAGCUUUUAAUCGAUCUUCAAAUCUUACUGCACAUAAGAUAAUUCAUACUGGAGAGAAACCUUACAAGUGUGAAGAAUGUGGCAAAGCAUUUAUCUGGUCCUCAAGCCUUACUAAACAUAAAAGAAUUCAUACUAGAGAGAAACUCUUCAAAUGUAAAGAAUGUGACAAAGCAUUUAUAUGGUCUUCAACCCUAACUAGACAUAAAAGGAUACACACUGGAGAGAAGCCCUACAAAUGUGAAGAAUGUGGCAAAGCUUUUAACCAUUCCUCAACCCUUACUAAACAUAAGACAAUUCAUACUGGAGAGAAACCCUACAAAUGUAAAGAAUGUGGCAAAGCUUUUAAGAUUCCCUCAACCCUUGCUAAACAUAAAAUAAUAUAUGCUGGAGAGAAACUCUACAAAUGUGAAGAAUGUGGCAAAGCUUUAAAUCAAUCUUCUAAUCUUACUACACAUAAGGUAAUUAAUACUAAAGAGAAACCUUACAAGAGUGAAGAAUGUGGCAAAGCAUUUGUCUGGUCCUCAACCCUUACUGAACAUAAGAGAAUUCAUACCAGAGAGAAACCCUACAAAUGUGGAGAAUGUGGCAGAGCAUUUAGCCAACCCUCACACCUCACUACACAUAAGAGGAUGCACACUGGAGAGAAACCCUACAAAUGUGAAGAAUGUGGCAAAGCUUUUAGCCAAUCCUCAACUCUUACUAAACAUAAGAUAAUUCACACUGGAGAGAAACCCUACAAAUGUGAAAAAUGUGGCAAAGCCUUUAACCAGUCUUCAAUCCUUACUAACCAUAAGAAAAUUCAUACUAGAGAGAAACCCUACACAUGUAAAGAAUGUGGGAAAUCUUUUAACCGGUCCUCAACCUUUACUAAACAUAAGGUAAUUCAUACUGGAGUAAAACUCUACAAAUGUGAAGAAUGUGGCAAAUCCUUUUUCUGGUCCUCAGCCCUAAUCAGACAUAAGAAAAUUCAUACUGGACAGCAACCCUACAAACAGGAAAAAUUUGGCAAAACAUUUAACCAGUUUUCACACCUUACAACAGAUAAGAUAACUCGUAUUGGAGACAAAUCUUACAAGUGUGAAUAAUGUGGUAAAAGUCUAUAAAAAGUCCUGAAUUCUUAACAGACGUAAGAUUAUUCAUACUGGAGAGAAACUCUACAAACCUGAAAGAUGUGCCAGUGCUUUUGACAACUCAAACUUUCCUAAACAUCAAGAAAAUCAUACUACUGAGAAAUCCUAGAAAUGUGAAGAAUACGACAAAGCAUCUAAAUGAUUGUCACACUUGAUUGUAGGUAAGAUAAUUCAUACUGGAGAAAACUACCAGUGUGAACAAUGUGGCCAAACUUUGAACCAAUGCUCACACCUUAAUGAACAGGAAAGCAUUUAUAUUUGAGAAAAAGUGUACAAAUAUAGACAAAGUAAAAAUGCCAUUAACAUGCUCACAUCUUACAAUCAGAGCGUUCAUACUAAAUAAAAACAUUAGAAGUGUAAUUACUGUCAAAAGAUCGAUCAGAAAAUAUGUCUUUAAAGUAAGAAGAGUAUUUUGAAAAAGCAUUACAAAUAUGAAGAGGCAUUAUUUAUGACCUUUUCUAUGGAAAGGUAAGGACAUUAAAAUGUAAGAUGCAUGAUGAAAACUUAAGUAGAGAGGAUCUUUGUGGUUAACUUGUAAUAUUGAGUGACGCAUGAGGUAGGUGUUCAGAUUAGUAUUCUUCUGCAUUAUUAUGAAAGGAAAACAUUCUUAAUUUUAGUUAAAAUUUAGUAUGAUUGUAUUUUUAUGAAAUAUUGCAGUAUAUUUUAAAAUUAUAAAUUACAUGUGAACUUAACUUUUCAACUCAACAUUUUUAACAUGUUAAAUACUAUAGUGAAUUCAGUGAAGUGUUAUUAUGCCUCUAACUUUAACCUAUUCCACCUUACUCAAGGGUGUAAGUAAAAGAUGGUAAAAAUAUACUGUUUGGUAAGAUAAAUGGAUUGACAUCUCUUGUAAUCUUUUUUGCCAGUGACUUAAUUGCCAUUAAGUUAAAGAAUAUUGUUCCUUUAGGUUAAAUUUUUAUUUUUAUUUUCACAUUUAAAUGUAUUCUUAAUUUUUGUGGAUACCUAAUAUGUGUACAUAUUUAUGCCCUAUAUGGUAUAUUUUGAUACAGGCAUACAAAAUAUAACCAUUACAUUAGACUAAAUGCAGUCUCCAUUACCUCUAGCGUUUAUUCUUUGUAUUACAAACAAUUCAUUUCUACAGUUUUAGUUAUUUUUAAAUGUACAAUUAAAUUAUUAUUGACUACAGGAUUAUUUUUAUGGUCAUAAUAAAAAUUAUAUACAA